GGGAUCGUUCCUCCACGUCUACGGAUAAACCCUCAUUGCCACGGCUGCCUCUGCUUUCUCUUACCUCCUCGCCCGUGUCUUGACAAUUUUCCCGUAUCAUCAUUUCCCCCAAUUCGCAUGGUUUUCUUGCCAAACGCCUCAAAUUUUUUCACUCAUUUUCUCUCUUCUCAAUGUCUCUCAAGUUGAAUCAUCACAGCCUCGCUUCCUCAAGGUCUUCGAAUGCAUUGGUCUCACAAAAACCAAUUAGAUCCUGUUUUUCCAACAAAAAGGUGGUUAUCUUGGAUGACCUUCUAUUCAACUGGGGUUAUUCAAGGAAAAAACGCCAUAUAAAGCUUGCUUUAUUAGCUGAUUGUAAUUUGAACCUAAGCUGCAGAUUGGUUGAUUUUAGGAAAAAUAGUUUGACCUUUUGUAAAUCAAGGACGGGGCAGCUCUUUCGCUUUGCUUCUGCUGAUGACGGUGUUACUGUCAACGGGAGUCCCCAUGCAAAUAGUAGCAAUGAUGUUGAUGAAAUAAGGGUCAAACUUGAUCAAUCACUGCAAAUUAAAGAUUAUAGCGAUGAUCUUGUCCAAUCACUACAUGAUGCAGCCAGAGUGUUUGAAUUAGCAAUUAAAGAACAAAGCUCAUCAUGGAAACUAUCCUGGUUCUCAACCGCAUGGUUUGGUGUAGACAAAAAUACAUGGGUGAAGGCACUAUCUUAUCAGGCUUCUGUGUAUGCCCUACUGCAAGCAGCAAGUGAGAUUUCAUCUCGAGGAGAUGGAAGAGACAGAGAUAUUAAUAUUUUUGUUCAAAGGAGUUUGCUACGGCAAUCUGGUCCUCUGGAGAGCGUAAUAAGAGAGAAAUUAUCAACCAAGCAACCUGAAGCUUAUGAAUGGUUUUGGUCUGAUCAAGUCCCUGCAGUGGUGACCACUUUCAUUGAUUAUUUUGAAAGCAACCCACGCUUUACUGCUGCCACUGCUGUGUCUGGCCAAGGAAUGCCCUUCUGUUCAGGGCCAUCAGGCAAUGCAAAUGACAUAUCACUCCUCGUGCUUGCCUUGAGUUGCAUUGCAGCAAUUGCAAAGCUUGGCCCAACAAAAAUUUCCUGCUCACAGUUCUUCUCCAUGAUACCUGACUUAACUGGUAGAUUGAUGGAAAUGCUGGUUAAUUUCAUUCCUAUACGCCAGGCUUAUCGUUCUAUAAAGGAUAUUGGUCUACGUAGAGAAUUUCUUGUCCAUUUUGGUCCUCGAGCUGCAGCAUGUAGAGUGAAAAAUGAUCGGGAAAUGGAAGAGGUUGUAUUCUGGGUGAGUCUAGUACAGAAGCAGCUGCAGCGAGCUAUAGAUAGGGAGAGAAUGUGGUCGAGACUCACAACAUGUGAAAGCAUUGAGGUGUUGGAGAGAGAUUUGGCUAUAUUUGGAUUCUUCAUUGCCUUAGGGAGAAGCACACAAUCCUUUCUAUCUGCAAAUGGUUUUGAUGUUAUAGAUGAACCUAUUGAGGGCUUCUUAAGAUACCUUAUUGGGGGCAGUGUGUUAUACUAUCCUCAGCUUUCCUCAAUAAGUUCUUAUCAACUGUAUGUGGAGGUAGUCUGUGAAGAGCUGGAGUGGCUUCCUUUUUAUCCGGGCAUUACUAGCACUUCGAAACGCUUGCAUGGCCAUAAAAGUAAACAAGAAGGUCAUCCAAAUCCUGAAGCCAUCCCCCAAGCAUUAGAUGUUUGCUCUCAUUGGAUUCAGAGCUUUAUUAAGUAUAGUAAAUGGCUGGAGAACCCUUCUAAUGUUAAGGCGACAAGGUUUCUUUCUAGAGGGCACAACAAAUUGAUGGAGUGCAUGGAUGAACUUGGGAUACGCAUUGGAGAGUGUUGAAGAUGCCUUGCUAAAGCUAGAGGAGUUACUUCAGGAGCUUCAUGUAUCAAGCUCUAGUUCUGGAAAAGAGCAAUUAAAAGCUGCUUGUUCUGAUCUUGAGAGGAUAAGGAGACUCGAGAAAGAAGCUGAAUUUCUUGAGGCAUCUUUUAGAGCAAAGGCAGCUUCCCUUCAGCAGGUAUGUUUCUGAAUUUCAUUGAAGGAUAACAUGCAUCCUAGAACUAUUUGACUGACAGGGACUGUAUUCUACACCCUUAGUUUUCUCCUGACCUAGCAUAUGUAUAAGCUGUCAAUUUUUUUUGCAAAGUUCUCUACAGAGGGAAGCUUGUAGAACCAAUAGUUGCAACAAGAACAAACACGAGCACACUCAAAUAAGGGAACACUUCUCUCUAUGAGUUAAUCACCAAAAACUAUAUAGCCUAGAGGCUUGCACCCAAAUUUAUAAUAAUAAGAGAAAUCCAAAAUCAACUAGGUAACACCACAAAAGGCAAUUCCUUGUUCAUUAAGCUAAAAUAAAGAAGGGCUAGUGAUAAUUCUACGUACUGGUUUGAUGGAUCCACACAAAUGUAUGACAUUCGACAUAUUUGUCAUCAUAAUUGAUCACGUUUAUCUUCUUCUUUUCCUCUCUUCUCAAGAAGUUGCCCUCUCCCUUUAUCUCUCAUCCUCUUCCCUUUCCCAUCUCUUAUCAGCUUGCCUCACUCUCAUCCUUUUUUUCCUUCUCUCUCCCUCUCUGUAUCUUACUUGUCCCAACCAUAAAUUGACGACCAUGUCUCAUAGUCUCUCCAUAAUUAUUUGCAUUCUCGUUAUAUUUCAUAGAGCGGAUCCACUUGAAUUAGAAGGAAGUUGAGUAAGAUUUGAUUAUAUUGGAAAAAUAAAAAGACAAUGAUGCGGAAUCCAUUCCAACGAGGUCGAUGAUAGUCUCCAGGAGAAUGUUGUUGGCACUGCUGAAUGUGAUGAAGUUUGCCCAACUUUAUGCAGAGGUAGGAUGAACAGCCACCGAGGAUGGAGAGGUGUUGUGAUUGUUGGAUUUUCUAUCUCUCUAAAUAGUUUUUCUUCAACCAAGCCCUCUCUUGUCUCUGUGCCAUAGACCAAAUGUCUCUGCACUAAACCUCUUGCAAAAAUCAAAUUGAUAAUUUAAAUGGGAAUUGGCUACCCUGCAGUUGCGAUUACUUACAGUAUACAGCAGGAAAGAAAAAGAAGACAGCAGAAAAGAGUGAAAGCAAAUGACAGAUACAGAAAAGAACGGGUGAGAUGAGAGAGAAAAGGAGUCAUGUUAGUUGUGAGGGCUAAAAUGUCUUGUGAAAUAAAUUUUCGUGGAUCCAUCAAAUUGUUUCAUGGCAUUAUCACCACCCUAAUAAAAAAUUACAAAAAAUAACAAAUUUGAGUUGAGUUCAAAUUUGGAUACUAGAAAUUUAAAGAAACAUGCCAAAACAAAGGAGAACCAAAACAGAAUUUUCUGGACAAAAGAAACUGUAAAAAUAAAACUUUCCUAAAAUGGCAUCUCAAAAUUGAGGGCCAUAACAGUGGAAUUUGCUCUAAAAGUGCCUUAGAUCAUGGAGAAACAGUGGGUCUUGAUCAUUGAGCUGUUCCAAUUGAACAUGGGCCUUUCGAAGCUAAUUUGCCAACACUAGGCUGUGCACAUAUUUACUGUUUUGCAACACUGAUCCAAAUGCUCUUAAUAUGUCAAAACAAGACGAUCUGCAUCUGUUCUGUUGUGCACAUGUUGAAAAUAGUUAACUUCUAUUUUUUAUGUAGUUUUGAUCCAAGAGAUUGCUCGAGUAGCAGAGAUAUAUUUUUUUUUCUUGCUAUUACAAACAAAUUAAAUAUCAAAAAUAAAAUUUUGUAAUUAUGAAUGCCAAAUAUGCCCCCAUUACAUGAAUCAAAACAUAGUUACUGCACAUUACCUAUACAAAAAAUUAUAUACCAAAUAUGGCAGAUAAUUAAGCGUAUGUUUUUGUUGUGAAUGCAUAAAAAAUAGAAUUACUCCCUUCAUGUUGUCUUGUCCACGUAACUGACCAAAUAAUGAUACAUUCUUUAGUACAAAAGUAAACAUCAUCUAUUGUUUUUCCAAAUUUGGCCU